AUGGUGAAUGAUAGCAAAUAUAUGCAAGAGAAUACUCAAGUGGAUGUACCAAAAUAUGAAAUGGUUGACAGAGGUGGUCUUUUUGAGCAUGACUUUGAUGGAGAGGAUGUUUGUGAUCUUCUCGGCGGCGUCACUGAUCAGAUUGGUUUGGCUGAUCUUCACGACAAUGAUAUUGACAGAUAUAUUAACCACCUUCAGAUGGCCUCUAAUGAGGGUCAUAUGCCUCAUAGUUGCGGGGCUGCCAUUGGUGAAGUUGAUGUGGACGAUCUUUGUUGCACAUUUGUUCUACAGGUGGUACUAUCAAUAGCUUUGUCUAAGUCAAGCGGGACUUAUGAGACGAGAAGUACAACCCCCAGUACUGCUGCUAGUACAACCCCCAGUACUGCGGCUAGUACAACCCCCAGUACUGCUGCUAGUACAACCCCCAGUACUGCUGCUAGUACAUCCCCCAGUACUGCUGCUAGUACAACCCCCAGUACUGCUGCUAGUACAUCCCCCAGUACUGCUGCUGGUACAUCCACCAGUACUGCUGCUAGUACAUCCACCAGUACUGCUGCUGGUACAUCCACCAGUACUGCUGCUAGUACAUCCCCCAGUACUGCUGCUGGUACAUCCCCCAGUACUGCUGCUGGUACAUCCCCCAGUACUGCUGCUGGUACAUCCCCCAGUACUGCUGCUAGUACAUCCACCAGUACUGCUGCUAGUACAACCCCCAGUACUGCUGCUAGUACAUCCCCCAGUACUGCUGCUAGUACAUCCACCAGUACUGCUGCUAGUACAUCCACCAGUACUGCUGCUAGUACAUCCCCCAGUACUGCUGCUAGUACAACCCCCAGUACUGCUGCUAGUACAACCCCCAGUACUGCUGCUAGUACAUCCACCAGUACUGCUGCUAGUACAUCCACCAGUACUGCUGCUAGUACAUCCACCAGUACUGCUGCUAGUACAACCCCCAGUACUGCUGCUAGUACAACCCCCAGUACUGCUGCUAGUACAACCCCCAGUACUGCUGCUAGUACAUCCACCAGUACUGCUGCUAGUACAACCCCCAGUACUGCUGCUAGUACAUCCACCAGUACUGCUGCUAGUACAUCCCCCAGUACUGCUGCUAGUACAACCCCCAGUACUGCUGCUAGUACAUCCACCAGUACUGCUGCUAGUACAUCCACCAGUACUGCUGCUAGUACAUCCACCAGUACUGCUGCUAGUACAUCCACCAGUACUGCUGCUGGUACAUCCACCAGUACUGCUGCUAGUACAUCCCCCAGUACUGCUGCUAGUACAACCCCCAGUACUGCUGCUAGUACAUCCACCAGUACUGCUGCUAGUACAUCCACCAGUACUGCUGCUGGUACAUCCACCAGUACUGCUGCUGGUACAUCCACCAGUACUGCUGCUAGUACAACCCCCAGUACUGCUGCUAGUACAACCCCCAGUACUGCUGCUAGUACAUCCACCAGUACUGCGGCUAGUACAACCCCCAGUACUGCGGCUAGUACAACCACCAGUACUGCUGCUGGUACAUCCACCAGUACUGCUGCUAGUACAUCCCCCAGUACUGCUGCUAGUACAUCCACCAGUACUGCUGCUGGUACAUCCACCAGUACUGCUGCUGGUACAUCCACCAGUACUGCUGCUAGUACAUCCCCCAGUACUGCUGCUAGUACAUCCACCAGUACUGCUGCUGGUACAUCCACCAGUACUGCUGCCAGUACAUCCACCAGUACUGCUGCUAGUACAUCCACCAGUACUGCUGCUAGUACAUCCACCAGUACUGCUGCUAGUACAUCCACCAGUACUGCUGCUAGUACAUCCACCAGUACUGCUGCUAGUACAUCCCCCAGUACUGCUGCUAGUACAUCCACCAGUACUGCUGCUAGUACAUCCACCAGUACUGCUGCUAGUACAUCCACCAGUACUGCUGCUGGUACAUCCACCAGUACUGCUGCUGGUAAAUCCACCAGUACUGCUGCUAGUACAUCCACCAGUACUGCUGCUAGUACAUCCACCAGUACUGCUGCUAGUACAUCCACCAGUACUGCUGCUAGUACAUCCACCAGUACUGCUGCUAGUACAUCCACCAGUACUGCUGCUAGUACAUCCACCAGUACUGCUGCUGGUACAUCCACCAGUACUGCUGCUAGUACAUCCACCAGUACUGCUGCUGGUACAUCCACCAGUACUGCUGCUAGUACAUCCACCAGUACUGCUGCUAGUACAUCCACCAGUACUGCUGCUAGUACAUCCACCAGUACUGCUGCUGGUACAUCCACCAGUACUGCUGCUGGUACAUCCACCAGUACUGCUGCUGGUACAUCCACCAGUACUGCUGCUGGUACAUCCACCAGUACUGCUGCUAGUACAUCCACCAGUACUGCUGCUAGUACAUCCACCAGUACUGCUGCCAGUACAUCCACCAGUACUGCUGCCGGUACAUCCACCAGUACUGCUGCCAGUACAUCCACCAGUACUGCUGCCAGUACAUCCACCAGUACUGCUGCCAGUACAUCCACCAGUACUGCUGCUGGUACAUCCACCAGUACUGCUGCUGGUACAUCCACCAGUACUGCUGCUGGUACAUCCACCAGUACUGCUGCUGGUACAUCCACCAGUACUGCUGCUGGUACAUCCCCCAGUACUGCUGCUGUUAAAACAAAUACAAUAAGGAAGCUCAAUAUUUUAGAUGACAAUCUCAGUAAUGGCAAUUCUGGAUAA